AUGGAUGACAAUAACGUGGAACAAACGCCUGCCUCUCAAAGGCUUACAAAUGAAGACUUUAGGAAGCUGUUGAUGACUCCCAGGGCUACACCUGGAAGCUCUGGGAGCUCCCAUCCUGCCGGCUCCGUGCGCGAAGCCAUGGCUAAUUCUGGUUCAAUGCCACCACCUAUGGAAAACAAAGGAGAGUUACGUAGGAAAAAGAAGUCUUAUUAUGCAGCUUUAAAGAAACAAGAAGAUAAUAAGUUAGCGGAGUUAGCAGAGAAGUAUAGGGACAGAGCUCGGGAGCGGAGAGAUGGAGUCAAUGAGUUGGGGCCUAUGGAUCCGACUAGUAACACUAGCAGUGCAUACAGAGCGGUGGCCCCAGAUUUGAAAUCAGGAAUGGAUGCCAAAGAGAGAAGGAGACAGCUAAUCCAGGAAUCCAAAUAUCUCGGUGGUGACAUGGAACACACGCAUUUGGUGAAAGGUCUCGACUACGCCCUUUUACAAAAGGUGAGGUCCGAGAUUCAGACCCGGGAGCAGGAGCAGGAAGCUGAGAUGGAAAGACUGGUGACCACACCUGUAGAACCAGUCAAGGAGAAGAAAGAGGUUCCUGUUGAAGAAGAGAUGCAGUUUGAGACAGCGAUGGGCAAGAACAUCUUCAACAUGAUACAGGAACAAAAGAACAAGAAGGUGACCCGCAACGAGAUGUUCGCGGCGGGGCGCAUGGCGUACGUGGUGGAGCUGGAGGAGGAGGGCGGCGCGGACAGCGACAUCCCGACGACGCUGACGCGCAGUAAGGCCGACGUGCCCGCGCCAGACACGCGCAGCUCCGCCGCCGCCGCCAACGACGUCGUGCUCGACAAACUGGCGCAGAUCUUCUCCUACCUAAGGCAUGGAAGGCAUAGGAAACUAAAGAAGACUAAAGGGGACAAACCAUCAGAGAAGGGUCGUGCAGACGACUCAAUAUACGGAGAGAUCGGAGACUACAACCCCGGCGAGCGACAGGAGCGCCGCGACGACAGGGCGCGCGCCGCCGGCGGGUACUUCGACAAACCCGCUGACGCUGACGACAAGAUGAUGGACGUAUCGGACCCAGUCCGCGGCCGUGUCCCCGAAGUAUCCCGUCGGUCGGCGGCGCUCCUGUCCCGGCUGGCGGCGGAGCCCCAGGGCUACGCGGAGUGCUACCCUGGACUUAGAGAGAUGGACGACGCCAUCGAUGACUCUGAUGAUGAAGUGGAUUACACUAAGAUGGAUGCCGGCAAUAAGAAGGGACCUAUUGGUCGUUGGGACUUCGACACCCAGGAGGAGUACUCGGCGUACAUGAGUAGCAAGGAGGCGCUGCCGAAGGCUGCCUUCCAGUAUGGAGUCAAGACUCAGGACGGACGGAAGACAAGGAAGACCAAGGAUAAGAGCGAGAAGGCUGAACUUGAUAGGGAGUGGCAACAGAUUCAGAAUAUAAUUCAGAAACGUAAAGCGCCGCAAGCUUCAGAAGAACCCUCAUACAAGUCAGCUAAAUACUAA